AUGGAAGAUUCACUUACAGAUCGGGGCAACAAUGGAGACAACAAUGUGGAUGCGUCACAACAAAUUGUUUUGGUUGAUUCUAAGGAGGGACAAAUUCCAACUUAUGUAAACCAGACACCAUCUAAAGAAAGCAAUGUGGAAUAUACUAAUGGUUACAAUGCCAGUUUUGCAUUGGAUGAUAUUUCUCAUAGUGGAUUGGGGUUCUUUGAUGAAGCAGAAAAAACUCCGAGCGGUAUUGUUUCAGUGUCCAAAAUGGAAGAGGAAGAAGGUUCUUCUUUCGGUUCAUCAUCCUCUGAGGAGAAUAUGGAUGCUGAUGAUGAUUAUUUCCAUGAGGUAAGUACUACAAUGGGUAAUGGCUUGCUGGCUGAGACAUCAUUGCCAGCAGAAAAUUCAGGAUUUUUGGCCAUUGGAGGCAUGAAAUUAUACACCCAAGAUAUAUUCCAAGAGGAAAGUGAUGAGGAUGAUGGUGAAGAUUUACUUGAUGAGGAAAGCUUGGAGUCCACUGGCUCAUCUGAUAGUGAUGACUCAUCUAAUAGCGAUAGCCCAUCUGAUAGUAGUUCAGAUAUUGAUGACGAGGUUGCACUGGAUUACAUUGAAGGAAUUGGUGGGGUUGCUAAUCUUGUGAAUGUUGAUCAGUUGGUUGGACAAAUUCUUGAUGGCUCGGAUGAUGAUAGUACAGAUGAUAGUUUUAGUGAGACUGUGGAGAAGUUGGGUGCGAUUUCUCUUCAGGAAACAUCAGGGGAAUAUGCCAUGAAGAAGCCUCAAUCAAGAGGGAAAUAUUCAGCUGAGGACGACAAAUCUAGAGCCACUAGAGUUGCCAGGUCAUCUGGUCUGGAUAAUCUAAUGCUUGUAAAGGAUUCAAGAACCAUUUCUGGAAGAAAGAAGCAUGUUGCUAGAUUUCCUCAGUCCUGGCCUUAUGAUUCUCAAAAGAGUUCAAAUGUCAGGAAAUUUCCAGGUGCCAAAAAGAAACAUCGUAAAGAAAUGAUUGCGCCAAAGCCUAGAGAUAGACUGAUUCGCCGUGGCGUUGAUCUUCAGCAAAUAAAUUUGAAAUUACAGCAGAUGGUUUUGGAUGGAGUAGAUAUCAAAUCAUUCCAACCUAUGCACUCCCGGGAUUGUUCCCAGGUGCAAAGAUUAGCAGCAAUUUUUCGCUUGAGGAGUGAUUGCCAAGGUUCUGGCAAGAAAAGAUAUGUGACAGUGACACGAACACAACACACUUGUAUGCCAUCUUCCAGUGAUGAAGUUCGCCUCGAGAAGCUGAUUGGUGAUGGUGACGAGAAUGCUGAUUUUGUGGUCAACGAUAUAAAAUCAGUUAAAAAUCCUUCAAAGGGUAGUGAUUUGAGCCCACUAGACCGUCAAUCUGCCCAGGGAAAGUCGCUAAAUAACUUGGCCAAUCUUGGCAGUAAGGAAGCAAGCAAGAAGACUAAGAGUGGGAAAACUGUCUCUUAUGCUGCUCAGCCUGUGUCCUUUGUCUCAAGUGGCGUUAUGCAAUCUGAAACGGUUGAGGACGAAUCCAUUCAGUCAAAGGAGGCCAAUGACUCUUGCCUUGAAAACAAAGAUGAAUCCGGCUCAUUAAAAUAUGGUGCAUUCGAGUUGCACACCACAGGCUUUGGCUCAAAAAUUAUGGCAAAAAUGGGUUUCAUAGAAGGGAAAGGGUUGGGAAAGGAUGGUCAAGGUAUUUCAGAGCCUAUCCAAGUGAUCCAACGACCUAAAUCACUUGGAUUGGGUGCAAAAUCUGCUGAAACAAGUGGUAGCUCGGAGAAGAAGGGCACUCGACAAUUUGCAGCUUUUGAGAAGCAUGCAAAAGGGUUUGGUUUGGGAAGGGAGGGUCAAAGUAUGGCAGAUCCUAUCCAAGUGAUCCAGCGACGUAAAUCACUUGGAUUGGAUGCUUGUGCCCCAAAAAUAAGUGUGAGCUCGGCAAAGAAGGGAACUCAACAAUUUGCAGCUUUUGAAAAGCACACCAAGGGGAUUGGAUCAAAGAUGAUGUCAAAAAUGGGUUUCGUUGAAGGCAUGGGGCUUGGCAAAAAUUCACAAGGCAUUGUCAACCCUUUAGUCGCAGUAAGGCAUCCUAAAUCCCGGGGAUUGGGUGCAAAAUCCGCUGAAACAAGUGGUAGCUUGGAGAAGAAGGGAACUCGACAAUUUGCAGCUUUUGAGAAGCACGCGAAGGGGUUUGGUUUGGGAAGGGAUGGUCAAAGUGUGGCAGAUCCUAUCCAAGUGAUCCAGCAUCGUAAAUCACUUGGAUUGGAUGCACAAGCCCCUGAAACAAGUGUGAGCUCUGCGCAGAAGGGAACUCAACAAUUCGCAGCUUUUGAGAAGCACACCAAGGGGUUUGGAUCAAAGAUGAUGUCAAAAAUGGGUUUCGUUGAAGGCAUGGGGCUUGGCAAAAGUUCACAAGGCAUUGUCAACCCUUUAGUUGCUGCAAGGCAUCCUAAAUCCCGGGGAUUGGGUGCCAAAGGGUAGAUACUAUUGUGACUAAUCAUUUAUUUAUAGAGGAAAAACCUCUUUUACUCAGUUUCAUAUAAACUAAGUUGCCUUAGGUUAGCUGAUACCGUGACAUGACAUUUGUAUAAAUUGUCUGCUAUGUUACGGUUAAGAUUAUAUCUUUAGAGUUCUAGAGUAUAUAUGUUUGUGUGUGUGUGCCCCUUCUCUUUGU